AUGCAGGUAUUUGAAUGGGCGUUCGGGAAGCGUUUGACUCCUCAAGAACGGUUGAGAAAGAACCAGAGAGCUUUGGAAAGAACACAAAGGGAGUUGAAGAGAGAGAAGCAAAAAUUAGAGAAGCAAGAAAAGUCACUUAUUUCUGAGAUAAAGAAGUCUGCUAAGAGUGGAAGUGUGUCUGCUGCCAAAAUCCAGGCCAAGGACUUGAUUAGAACUAAAAAGUAUAUUGAGAAAUUCAAUGCGAUGUCAACUCAAUUGCAAGCCAUCUCGCUUAGAAUCCAGACCGUUAGAAGUAAUGAAGCCAUGACCCAGUCAAUGAAGGAGGCGACAAAGUUACUUGGAGGUAUGAACAGGUCAAUGAAUUUACCUCAGCUAGCUAAAAUCGCCAUGGAAUUUGAAAAGCAAAAUGAUGUGAUGGAUCAGCGCCAGGAAAUGAUGGACGAUGCCAUUGAUGAUGCCAUGGGAGAAGAUGAGUUGGAUGACGAAGAAGCUGAUGAAAUUGUCAAUAAGGUUUUGGAUGAAAUUGGAGUGGACUUGAAUCAAAAUUUGAAUAAUACCCCAGAAGGGAUAUCCAGCGGGAAGGUUAACGUUGCGGAAUCCAGAAUGGCAGAGGCUAUCGGCAGUGAUGGUGGUAUUGGAGGAGGAAGCGAUGAGGAUGAUUUGCAGGCUAGAUUGGAUGGCUUGAAGAGAUAA